AUGUCCCUCCACCUCGUCGGAAUUGGUGUCACGCACUCAAUUGCUCCAAACAUGCACAACUAUAUUGCCAACUCACUCGGACUGUCCUGGGAAUUUUAUGCGACAGAGUGCCCGACAACGGAGGAGCUGGUCAAACUAGCCAAAGACCCUACCACGGCCGGGCUUGUUGUCACAAUGCCCUACAAAAGCUCAAUUUUACAACAUCUCGACGAGAAAGACGAGCUCGUCUCGGCCGUUGGGGCCUGCAACAAUGUCUACUACAAGAAUGGAAGUCCUAGACAAAUUUGCGGUACCAAUACUGACUGGAGGGGAAUCCACGGAUGUCUCCUCGAGAAGGGGAGGAGAAGAGAGAGGCCGUCUUCGACAAGAACCGCACCGGCGCUGGUCAUUGGAGCUGGCGGUGCAAGCCGUGCUGCAAUAUAUGCUCUUACUGAGCACCUUCACAGUCCCUCGAUUUACAUAUUGAACCGGGACGACGACGAGGUGGUGAACCUCAUUCGAGACUCAGAAAAUCUCCCGACGAUCCCAAAAAUUGUCCAUAUCAAGACAUUGGAUCAGGCAGAAAAGCUCCUUGACCCUUACUAUGUCGUUGGUACCGUGCCCGACCUCGAGCCCAAGACCGAGUCCGAGCUCAUGGUAGCGUCCAUUAUGAAACACUUCCUUUCUCGACCGAAGAAAGGCGUGCUUCUUGAUAUGUGCUUCAAGCCCAGAAGAACUCGGCUAAUCAAGUUGGCGGAAGGCUUGGGAUGGCCCUGCGUUGAGGGAACACAUGUCAUCGGGUAUCAAAUCGAGGAGCAAUGGCGUUUGUGGGCUGGGGAGGAUCUUUGUCGCAAAUUGGACCGAGAGGGUGCAUGGAAGGUGCUGUUGAAAUCUGCGGAGGAAAGCAAGGGUAUCAACUUUUAG